CGGCGGGAGGGCCGGGGGGCGCUGCGCGGUGCCAGCAGGGGGCGCUCGAGCCCCCGGCGCUCCAUUCCCAAGAUGGCGGCGGCGGCCGGCUCCGUGCCGGUGCGGGUCUGCCACCAGGAGAUCGUCAAGUUCGACCUGGAGAUCAAGGCGGCCGUGCAGGACAUCCGGGACUGCCCGGGGCCGCUGAGCGCCCUCACGGAGCUCAACGCUGCGGUGAAGGAGAAAUUCCGGCACCUGCGCGGCCGCAUCCAGGAGCUGGAGCAGAUGGCGAGGGAACAAGAUAAAGAGUCAGAGAAACAAGCCUUGUUGCAGGAAGUGGAGAACCAUAAAAAGCAAAUGCUCAGCAAUCAGGCAGCUUGGAGAAAGGCAAAUCUGGCUUGCAAAAUUGCUAUCGACAACUCUGAGAAAGAUCAACUGCUGCAGGGAAGAGACUCCUUAAGACAAAGGAAGACUACAAAGGAAAGUCUGGCAGAGAGUGCAAGUAACAUCACAGAGAGUCUGAUGAGCAUCAGCAGGAUGAUGUCGCAGCAAGUCCAGCAGAGUGAGGAGACUGUGCAGACCCUAGCCAAUUCUUCACGAACCAUCCUGGAAGCAAAUGAAGAAUUUAAGUCCAUGUCUGGGACGAUUCAGUUGGGGCGAAAGCUGAUAACAAAGUACAACCGCAGGGAGCUGACAGACAAGCUGCUCAUCUUCCUCGCCCUUGCCUUAUUCCUGGCCACUGUGCUUUAUAUUUUGAAAAAAAGACUCUUCCCGUUCUUGUAAAAUUCCAAAGCUAAACUGGACUGUUAUGAAAGAUCAGAAAGGGAUAGUGUGAUACUGUUGGGCUUAUUAUAAAAGGGAUAUUGCAAUAGCUGAAAGAGCAGUAGAGCAGGCGUGACUUCAUGCUGUCCCUACGGAGCUCACAAUCUGUUUAAGAAGAGCUGAAAAGAUCCCAAGUUGGGAAGGCAGAUCCAGGUGUGGAGAGAAGAAGCUCUGAUCUGCCUGUGGGUUUGGGUGACCAGAGAGACCCUGGAGGAGCUAUGCACUCAGAGGUGCUGGUUUUACCUCAUCCCUUCUUCAUUUUGCCAUGAAAUUUACUUCUGUCCUUGGCUCGAAGUGGAAGCCACGUUGGUACCCAAGUGCAAGGUGCUGAGAAUGAGAGGAAGCAUGGAAGAGAGAAACACACAUACAUUCCAUUAAUAAACUAUUUAUUGUAUCCAUGUAAGCUGGGUUUUGUUUAAAAACAAGGUCGGAUGGAUUGAAAGAGCCCAAGUAACUUCCAGUGUAGAAGUGCUGCCUAACACUUGCAGCAGUGGGUGCUUCUGGAGUGGUUUGUCCAGGAGCGUAGCACGCGUGCUUUGUUCUCUGGUGUUGGAGGACUGACCAAAGCAAACGUGGAAGCCUCAUUACUCUUAACUCAUGCCAUGUUUGAGAAUUACAUGGUUAAGCUGCUGAAAUUGAAAACCUUUUUUUGCUUUUCUUUAUGAAAUUCCACGUAAUCUAGAUUUGCGAAGCACAGACAAGUUCUGCAUUUGAACAUUUCUCUGAAAGUUGAUCUUUUCUCAGUAAAGUCUUCUGCCGUGCC